ACUACUUGACAAGCCUGGGUAUUGCAAUGGGUCCCUCUGUUCUCCAAUGUACGUCACUUCCGGUGAAAAAGCCACGAAAAAAAGCCAACUUUGAGGCCAAAAUGAACGAAUGCGUCAUCGAAGAAAGAAUGCGUCAACAGCGCGCCAUAAUUAAGCGCUCGACCGCAUCUGAAGCUUUACCUCCAAAGGUCGCAGAGAGUGUAACAAACGAAAACUGCUCACCGAGAAACAUUCUGCGAAAUGGUGCAACAUUGCUAAAGAAGCAAGAGAUCUUAGGUCUCGCCUACAGAAACAAACAUAUUACGCAGCACGGUUUUUACCCUGGGUGACACAUUGGACGAGACGAGGCAGCUCGUCGUGAAGAGAAGCGUGGCGUCAUAGAAUUUCACGUCGUUGGGAACUGGCUGCGAGGACAGCUCUCUCAAAAGAAUAUUAUGUGGUUGAUUGGCUUAACAAAAAGUAUUUUCAUAUCAACUAACGCAAAUGCCGAAAGAAUAUAUCACGAGAUUGGUUUUGAUCAGUAAGUGAACCAGUAAAUUUUAGCUGCAAACUAUUGGCACGGUCAAAAUGGAUGCGCUGUGCUUUAAAUUGCUGUGCAUCAAAUUGGACGCAGGCACCAAUUUUAGCUGUCCCGUGCUAAUAAAUUGACUACAUCAUUCUAUAAAGAGCUUCUUGCUACUUUAGAUGUUUUGGUUGUUGAAUGUAUGCAAAUAUCAUCGUAGAUAAAUUGUACUGAUAAUUUGCUCACUUUAACUUAAUCUAAUGAUCUGCCAUCUGAGCCACUUUGUUUAGCAACAAAAGAA